GAGAGAGAGAGAGAGAGAGAGAGAGUUGUUCUAAAGGGAGAGAAGAGAUGCUGGGAAGGGUGAGACCACCUUCGUCUAGUUCGCUGGAGAGGCCACCUUCGAAGAUCAUCAAAGAUGAUUCUCUCUCCAUCUAUGUUUCACUUUGAUGUAGAGGCUACACUUGUGAAGCUUAGACACGGUUCUCGAUGUAACCCAGUCUCACCCUCAGAUCAGGCAAUGAAAAUAGAUGUCAGCUGCGAUUUUGCAAGCAAUUCACCCUAUGAUGAUGAGGCAAUGACAGAAGAUACAAAUUGCUCUUCCAACAGCAUUUCAUCAAAUUGUAGUGAUUAUCGGCCUAUGGGCAUCUUGAAAGAGCAACAGAACAAAAUGAGGUCUGUUACUUACCUGUUUGCCAGAUAUAGGAGUUCUCAACACACUCUAAGCUUGCCUGCUGAGGCAGUUAUGGUAGAGAAUAAGUGUUGUUCAGCCAGUAGUUCACUGAGUGCAAAGACUGCGGAUAGAUGGAGUGAUACAACAGGACUACAAUUGCAACAGGAAUGUGUAGAUUCUGUCCCUGCUUUUCAAAUGUUAGAUAAGAUUUGAAUAUUGGGUAAAAUACCCUUGCUAGUGAACUAAUAAUAGAGGGGUUACUGGUUUGAUUGCGCAGUUUGUUCCUGCUGUUUGUGAUCUUUGUUUGUGUAGAAGAAAAACACAUAAUUGCUGUUGUAUGCACAUAAAUAUAUAUAUUUUUUUAUUUAUAAAAGUAAUCAUUUAUUCAAUGAA